CGCUACUACCAUGUACCCUCUCUGUUGAUGAAAUUCACGAAUACCUCAACUCCUCCUCCUCAAAACUCCGUGAACGAAGAAUCUGAGUCUCCGAUUCGAAACACAGCGACAAAAGUAAAAGGUUGAAGAUGACUGAGGCUAUGAUUCGGAACAAGCCUGGCAUGGCCAGCGUCAAGGACAUGCCUCUCCUCCAAGACGGGCCACCUCCGGGUGGUUUUGCCCCGGUCCGAUACGCUCGUCGGAUCCCCAACAAGGGUCCAAGCGCCAUCGCCAUUUUCCUCACUACCUUUGGAGCAUUCUCUUGGGGCAUGUACCAGGUUGGCCAGGGAAACAAGAUCCGAAGGGCGCUCAAAGAAGAAAAGUAUGCUGCCCGCUCGGCCAUUUUGCCAGUGCUGCAAGCUGAGGAAGAUGAAAGAUUUGUCCAUGAGUGGAAGAAGUAUCUCGAAUACGAGGCUGACGUGAUGAAGGAUGUGCCGGGUUGGAAAGUCGGCGAGAAUGUUUACAACUCCGGGAGAUGGAUGCCCCCAGCAACUGGGGAGCUCCGUCCCGAAGUCUGGUAACUGACACACAUAUUGAUUGCAAUUGUUUUUGUCAUUGAUGUUUGAUAAAAGGAGUUUGUAUUUCCCUUCAAGCAUGUUUCAGUGUUGCCAUGUCUCUGGCUAUUAUGUUCUUAGAAAUAAAAUGCAGCAAAAUACCUUUUUUUCACAUGUUUUAAAAUGUAAAACAGUGCUUAUCUUAUUUCAAGUCCUUUGUCAUGUUUGAUUCAUCA